AUGAUUAAUUCCCUGCCAGCGAUCUUAGUCUGCCUGCAACAUUCAGAGUCUCGUCGUUUUUUUGCCACCUGCCCAGCUUACUCCACCUGCCUUGUUCACCGUAAAACCGACCAAGAUUCUCAUUCCUCACUUGCACCUUCUGAUGUUGAGAAUAAACCUGACAGUGUCUGGCAAAAUCCGGCAACACGAGUCAACAAGCACAAGCCGUGGAUAGAGACAUCUUACCAUGGUGUGAUCACUGAGAACAUGGACACGGUGCUGCUGGACCCUCCACUGGUAGCUCUAGACAAGGAUGCCCCGGUCCCCUAUGCUGGGGAGAUUUGUGCCUUUAAGAUCUAUGGUCAGGAUGCUCCAUUCGAGGCAGUGGUGUUGAAUCGCACAUCAGGGGAAGGAGUCCUGAGGGCCAGUAGCCCUGUGGACUGUGAGAGCCAGAAGGAGUACACAUUUAUAAUCCAGGCCUACGACUGUGGUUCUGAACCCAGCGGGGCCGACUGGAAGAAAUCCCACAAGGCAGUGGUUCACAUCCAGGUGGACGAUGUCAAUGAGUUCUGCCCUGUGUUUCGGGAGCCACUGUACAAGGCAUCGGUAACAGAAGGCAAGAUCUACGACAGCAUUUUGCAGGUGGAAGCUUGGGACCAAGACUGUUCACCCCAGUACAGCCAGAUCUGCAACUAUGAAAUUGUCACUGGAGGGACGCCAUUUGCCAUAGACCGCAAUGGUAACAUCAGAAACACAGAGCGGCUGAGCUAUGACAAGCAUCAGAGCUACAAGAUUAUGGUGACAGCCUUUGACUGUGGUCAGAAGAGAGCAAAGGAGGAUGUGGCUGUGCAUAUUGAUGUCAAGCCUGUCUGCAAACCUGGAUGGCAAGGUUGGAACAAGCGGGUGGACUAUGAGCCAGGGACUGGAAGCAAGCAGCUGUUUCCCAAGAUGCACUUGGAAACGUGUGGAGGUCCCCUGUCUGGCGUGAAGGCGAUGGUAGAGCUGCAGACCAAUCACAUCGGGAAGGGCUGCGACCGCGAAACGUACUCUGAGAAGUCUCUGCAAAAACUCUGUGGCGCAGCAUCAGGCAGCACCGACCUCCUUCCUGCCCCCAGCCCUUCCACAAACUGGACGGCGUCUCUGCUGACUGACAGUGGCCGAGACAGCGACCUCAUCUACAGAUUCGACGGGCAUCAGGCUGCAAAUGUUCCAGACCACGUGGUGCCCCAAAACCUGACAGACCAGUUCACCGUGGCAACAUGGAUGAAACACGGGCCCAGUCUGGGGCUCAGAGUCGAGAAGGAAACCUUACUGUGUAACUCUGACAAGACUGAAAUGAACCGCCACCAUUACUCUCUGUAUGUUCACAACUGCCGCCUGGUGUUCCUGCUCAGAAGAGAUUUCACUCAGGUUGACACAUUCAGACCCGCUGAGUUCCACUGGAAACUGGAGCAGAUCUGUGACAAAGAAUGGCACUAUUAUGUGAUCAACGUGGAAUUUCCUGCAGUGACACUAUUUGUUGAUGGUGUGACCUAUGAACCCUACCUGGUGACGGAUGACUGGCCGAUUCACACCUCAAAGAUUGAUACACAGCUUACUGUGGGCGCCUGCUGGCAAGGUGGUGAGGUCGCAACCCCGAGGUUCACCCAGUAUUUCCAUGGCAGCCUGUCAGGUCUUACAAUCCGACCAGGCCGCAUUGAAACCCAGAAAGUUAUCUCCUGUUUGCAGGCCUGCAAAGAAGGCCUGGAUAUUAACUCCCUUGAAAGCCUCGCUAAGGAUAUCAAGUUCCAUUUUAACCCCGCUCAGUCUGUGCUGGUGGUGGAAGGAGAGGAUCUGGACAGCAUCAACACAGCCAUGACCAAAGUCUCAUACAUUAACUCUCGCCAGUUCCCUACGCCAGGCCUCCGGCGGCUACACAUCACCACCACAGUACAGUGUUUCGGGGAGGACACGUGUCUCUCCAUCCCAGACAUCAAGGCAGUAGUUAUGGUCCUGCCGCCCAGUGAACCAAGAAUCACCAUUACAGGAUCUAAUCGACUCGUCAGGCCUGCCAGUGACCUGAAGGGCCCGCUGGGUGUGGCGCCCUUCAAAGAGCUUCACAUCACUAGCACAGUAAUGAAGGGGGACAGCUUCGGUGGAUUCCACAGACCAGGUGUGCUGGAGGUGAUGCAUAACCUGGACUAUUGUGAUGUGCUGGUAAUUGGCGAAGAACUGAAUCCUGAGAGGGAGAGUCUGGAGAUUCAUCACAGUGCUUUGUUGGGAAAACACCUAGAUGCCACCAACUCCACCUCUGGAAUAUCAAUAUAUGGUGUGGACUCCAUGGCCCACUAUGAGCAGGCGCUGAGACAGGUGCACUACAGGAACUGGCGACCUGCCACCCUGAGUGAGAGAAGGUUCAGACUCACCUGCUCUGAACUCAACGGACGUUACACCAGCAAUGAGUUCAGUUUGGAGGUCAGUGUUCUUCACCACUCAGCACCUGUGGAACAUGUCAAUCAUAUGGCUGCCCAGCCCCAGUACAUGAGACCCAUCCAUCACCCACUCAUGAUACACACUCUCAACUCACACAUGUCAGGAGCAGCACCUCCUGCAGCAACAGUAGUUAUUGUGGUUUGUAUCGCAGCCCUGGUGGUGAUUGUGGUGAUCGGCGUGUACAGGAUCCAUGCCACACAUCAGGAAGGGUCCAGGGAAGAUGAGGAAGGGGUCAAAGACCCGGAGGAAGACUGGGACAACUCUGCACUCACCAUCACUGUCAACCCCAUGGAGAACAUACAAGGAGCUCAGGCACUCGAUGGAGAGGUAAAAGAAGACGAACGUGAGGAGGAGGAAGAGGAUGAAGAACAGAUGGGAGGAAUGACAAGUGCUGAGUCAGACAACAGUGAUGAAGAGGAGGAGGAAGAAGAUGAGAGAGAAGAGGUGAAAGAGAGAAAGCAGAAGGGAAAACUAGAGUGGGACAGUUCCUCCAUAACAUACUGACUCAACAUAUUAACAUAGACAAAGAGUAUCAACACUCUUUACAUCUCUUUCUCUCUCGAUGUCUCUCUCUACCACGCACACACGUCAUCCUUCAUGUUCACUACACCAACAUAUAGUACCCACACAGAAACAAAAUCUCUGAUAGAACAAUCUGUUGCUGGAAAAAAAAAACACUUUGAAUCUUC